GGCGGAGGGAUCCCUCGAAAGCGGCAGGCGAGCCGCCGCCAGCCUUUAAGACGGGGGAGCGCGGCGCGGGCGGCGGUUGCUGUGGUUUCCGUGUGGGUUUGCUGGAGUUCUCCUGGGCGCUGAAGCGCAGGGACGUGGCGUCCGGCCUCCUGCGCCAGCUGUCAUUCGUGGCGGACCGCGGGGUCACGAGCCCCGGCGUCCCUUCCUCAGACCCCGGUUCCGGGCUUCCGCCUUCCCCGCGUGGCGCCCGCGUCGGGCCGGCGGCGGCGCGGCGGCCGGGGAGCAGCAGCAGCAGGCCGCGGGCGAGAUGUUCAAGAACACGUUCCAGAGCGGCUUCCUCUCCAUCCUCUACAGCAUCGGCAGCAAGCCCUUGCAGAUCUGGGACAAGAAGGUACGGAAUGGCCACAUCAAAAGAAUCACUGAUAAUGACAUCCAGUCGUUGGUGUUAGAGAUUGAAGGGACCAAUGUCAGUACCACAUAUAUCACGUGUCCUGCAGACCCAAAGAAGACACUGGGCAUUAAACUUCCCUUCCUGGUCAUGAUUAUCAAAAACUUGAAAAAAUAUUUUACUUUUGAAGUACAGGUGCUGGAUGACAAGAACGUGCGCCGGCGGUUCCGGGCCAGCAACUACCAGAGCACCACGCGCGUGAAGCCCUUCAUCUGCACCAUGCCCAUGCGCCUGGACGACGGCUGGAACCAGAUCCAGUUCAACCUGUCGGACUUCACGCGGCGGGCUUACGGCACGAAUUACAUCGAGACCCUCAGGGUGCAGAUCCACGCUAACUGCCGGAUCCGACGGGUUUACUUCUCAGACAGACUCUAUUCAGAGGACGAGCUGCCAGCAGAGUUCAAACUCUAUCUCCCAGUUCAGAACAAGGCGAAGCAAUAACUGAACCGCGACUCAAGGGAUAGACCCUGGAUGUGACUCUUAGUUUAAAAGGAAACUGUCUGGAGGACAAUGCAAAAACCAAAUAUUUAUAUUUGCUCACUGUGCUAUGGCUCUUUUAUCUACAACGUGGUGUCCCUCGUGGCGGAUGCCGGUCACAGUGCACUGUGCGUCCAGCGGGGGACUGCCGUCCCCCUCUAGGUGACCGCCGGGGUUCAUCUUGCCGCCCGCCCCGAGAGGUGCGAGGCCCAUCCACGAUCCUGCAGAUCUCAGGAUCUCCCACAGGCAAUUUCAGACCAAUAUUUCUUUCUAUGGUUCUUUGUUUUCUAUAUUCUCUAAGUAUAUGUAUGUGCUGUGUGAUACUCAUGAUCCAGAAAUGAAUAAAAUGUUCUAUUCUUGGUUUGUA